UAGGAAUCAAAAUAAAAGUACCCUCGUAGAUAGCUUCUAUCUAGCUUCUGCUUGAACACUUAAAUGAGGGGCAUUUCCCCUUCUCUCUGGAUAAUUGGUUCAAUUGUUCAUAUUGUUUGGACUUUUUCUGUAGCAAUCCCAAAAAAUCUACCUUUCAAUCAUUUAAGACUGAGUUCAGCCCUUUGGGUAAGAGAAGAAAUCUUGACCUUCUGUGUCUCAUCUUUUCAGGUUUUAUAUUACUCAAGUACCUGACUAGUACUUCCUUCAGCCUUUCUUUCUCAUGGCUAAAAAUAUCUAAGUUUUAAAAACUUUUUUCAUCUGACUUAGUUUCCACUUCCCUCAUCAUCCUUGCCCCUUUCCAUACCUACUCCACUUUGACUGAAACUUUCUUACAAUGUAGUAUCUAGAACUGGACAGAAUUCUCAAAGUGGAGUUUAAUAAUGCGAAAUAAAUUUAAACACUUGCUUCCUGUGGUUUGAAAACUUAAUUUCUGUUAACAGCGCAUCAACUUUUUUGUAGUAAUAUUUUGUAGCUAUCCUUCUGACUCAUAUUCUAUUUAUAAUGUUCUAUUUAUAAUAUUCCAAGAUCUUUUUCACAAGUGCUAUGCCAAGUCAGACCUAUCCCAUUCUGUACCUACUGUACGCUUUUGAUUUCUAUUAAGAACAUUUCAUUUGUCUCUGCACUGGUUCAUUGUUACUUUCAUCCAAUUUUUUCUAAUCUCAAGAUCAUAUAAUUUUAUCUUUUUCGCUCUCACCAGUUUUGUGUCAUCUGCAAAUUUAAUAAGCUAGUCCUCUUCUUUUAAUUUAAAUCAUUAGUAACGAUUCAGAAUUCCAGGCUAAACUUUAUGGCAUUUCUCUUCAUACCUCUCUUCAUUUGAUGAGGAAGUAGUGAUGAACACUAAAUGUGAUUUUUUUGAGUCACCUUGUCUUCUUUUAUCCAUUUCAUUGUCAUGCCAUCCAACCUGAUAAUACUUAAUGAGCUGGCUAAUCAAAAUUCAUCAGGUACUUUGUCAAAUACUUUGUUGAAAUCAAGGUAUUUUUUUCUGUACAACAUUCCCACAUUUUAUAUUGAAAAUUAUCCAAUAAAAGUGAAAUAAAAGUCUGACGAGAUCCACUUUGGAUAAAUUCAAGCUGACAUCUGAUCGCUGUCCUAAAAUCUGCUCAGAUAUUUCUUGUUGCCUGGACUUUGUUGCCAUUUAUAGAUCAGCCACCUUAUAAUGGACGCCCACUCCCACUUCUUUGUUGUUUAUGUCUAAUAUUCUUUCCCAGCCUCUUCACAAAUUGUGAAAGAACUUCAAAAGCAUACUUUACACAAACCUUUGUUCAAGCAAAGCACCAUCUGAAGCAUUGUGCAGUCCUAGUGUGUAUUUUUCUUUGCCUUUUAACCUCCUGUGCUUGUUCUUUUUGUUUUCAGAUUGAUUCUUUUGUGACAUGGCCACACUGGGCACUUCUGCUGUCUUUCACAAUGUGCCUUCUCACAUUGCUAUUAUAUGCUAUUUCCUUUUUCAAGAAUUCCUACCCAAACUUGAGCAUAUCCCCCAUACUUUCUCCUGUUGUGGGAUCCUUGCUUACUAAACUCUAUCUUUUGCAGUUUCCUUAGUUUUAUUUUCCAAAUACUGUAAAAUCACACCCCACCCCCCAAUUUCAAGAUUCAGUCUUAUGUUCUUCCCUAAACUGAUCCCAUUCAUAAACUUGAAACAUAAAUAUCUAAACUAGCUUCCCUGACCUGUUGGCCUCCCAUUAGCAUUUCAGAUCUUAUGAUUCCAUAGCCAGCAUGGGAAAAGCCAACUGAAAUGUUUCAACUCAGCACUGUGAAUAGGCUCCCAGCCUGCGAUCUGUGCUGAGAAACGGCUUAGGCAUUAGUUUGAUUCUAUUUCUGAGAUCUGGAAUAGGAAACCGCGAACUUAUCCUCGGAAAGCCGUGGCUUUUCAGACCGUUCAAAAAGUUAGGCAAGUCAUUUUUUGUGGCCGCGUCCUUCCGUUCAUUCACCAGUUUAAGUCAGCGCCUGCCGUUGCGAAAACCAAGUGAUUUCUAUCUGUACGCGUGAACCAGGAUCGCGUCGUUGUGUCAAACGUCGCUCACGGUCCCCGCCGGCACCUUCAGCGUUUGGCGAGGCAAGAGUUCAUUCUGUCCAUCCUAAGAAGCCGCACCACCACCCCAUCCCAACUCCCAGGCGCCGCUUUGCUUGGGUAUGGGAUUUGUAGUCCAGCGCUGCUCCGUCCGCGCGCAGUCGCCUUCCUCAAGUCCGUCGCCAACACACCGGGCUCGCUAUAUGCUACCUCACCCCACACAACCGAAGUAGCCGGUGCAGCCGCGACGGCUUGCACGUGUCUGCCGCUGUGAGCAGCGCUCGGGCUGCCUGAGGAAAAGCGCGCGCGCGGCUCCUUUAACAGGGUGGUACCACCUCCGCCCCUUCCCUUCCCUUCCCUUCCUUUUCUUGGCGACGGCGGCGGCGGUACAGCAGCCCACUGUCUGCUCCAGGCCGGGCAAAGUCAAAGGACUGAGAGGGGAGCCUUUGCUGCCCGCUAAAGCCGGCGGCCCGGUGGGGCGCGGCCAGUGCAUGAGGGCAGCGGGCGGAGGCGCAGAAGAAGGAGGAGGAGGAGGAGGAGGCGGGGGCGGCGGUGAGUCCCUCCCGCUCGCCCGCCUGGGCACUGGCAGCCCCUGCCGCCGCCUCCGCUCCUCACCGGGGCCCGGGAGACUGAGGCCGCCGCGAAGAGCCCGGGACAUGCGGCCUCUCCAGCCACAGCCAUCGCCGAGGAGACGGAGGACAUGAGGCUCCGCAAUGGCACCUUCCUCACGCUGCUGCUCGGCUGCCUUUGCGCGCUCUUCUCGCUUUCGUGGUACGGGGCCUUCGGCGGGCACAAAGGUGAUGUUGUGGAUAUCUAUCAGCGAGAGUUCCUAGCACUGAGAGACCGUUUGCAUGCUGCUGAACAGGAAAGCCUCAAGCGGUCAAAGGAGCUGAAUGUAGUCCUAGAUGAAAUAAAGAGAGCCAUCUCUGAAAAGCAAGCCCUACGGGACAUAAAUCGGACGUGGAGCAGUUUAUCUGAUGAAACAAAACUAAAACUCUGGAAUAUCACUAACAAGAAUGUGCUGCAUCUUCCAACCAUCUUCCAUCAUUUGCCACAUUUGUUGUCAAAGGAGAACAGCCUGCAGCCAGCCAUUCAUCUGGGACAAGGGCGCACUGGAGUAUCAGUAGUCAUGGGGAUCCCCAGUGUCAAAAGGGAGGUCCACUCAUAUUUGACAGAUACCCUGAACUCCUUGAUCUCCGAGCUCAACCAGCAGGAGAAAGAAGAUUCUGUCAUUGUCGUCCUGAUUGCUGAGACAGAUCCACAAUACACCACAGGAGUUGCAGAAAAUAUCAAAAGCUUAUUCCCCAAUGAAAUACAUUCUGGUCUUUUAGAGGUUAUUUCCCCUUCUCCACACUUCUACCCAGAUUUCUCCCGGCUGCGAGAAUCUUUUGGUGACCCUAAAGAAAGAGUCAGGUGGAGAACUAAACAGAAUUUAGAUUACUGCUUUUUAAUGAUGUAUGCACAAUCCAAAGGCAUAUAUUAUGUUCAGCUAGAAGAUGAUAUUGUAGCCAAGCCAAACUAUCUCAGCACAAUGAAGAACUUUGCUUUGCAGCAACCUUCUGAAGAAUGGAUGAUCUUGGAGUUUUCUCAGCUUGGUUUUAUUGGAAAGAUGUUCAAGUCCUUGGAUCUCAGUCUGAUUGUGGAAUUCAUACUUAUGUUCUACAAAGAUAAACCCAUCGAUUGGCUUCUUGAUCAUAUCCUCUGGGUAAAAGUUUGCAACCCAGAGAAAGAUGCAAAACACUGUGAUAGACAGAAGGCAAAUCUAAGAAUCCGCUUCAAGCCUUCGCUCUUCCAACAUGUAGGAACCCAUUCCUCUCUGGCUGGUAAAAUACAGAAGUUGAAAGACAAAGAUUUUGGGAAGCAGUCUCUUCGGAAAGAGCAUGUGAACCCUCCUGCAGAAGUCAGCACAAGCCUGAAGACCUACCAGCAUUUCUCCUUGGAGAAAGCCUAUCUGAGAGAAGACUUUUUCUGGGCGUUUACUCCCACAGCGGGUGACUUUAUACGCUUUCGCUUCUUUAAGCCUCUCCGUAUUGAACGGUUUUUCUUCCGUAGUGGCAACAUUGAACACCCUGAAGACAAACUAUUCAACACAACAGUGGAAGUCUUGCCCUUUGAUAGUCUCCAGUCAGAUAAGGAAGCUCUGCAGGAGGGAAGAGCAACAGCAUUCAAGUACCACAGGACGUCUGAUGGCUACAUACAGAUAGGCUCAUUUUCAAAGGGCAUUGCUGAAGGAGAAGUGGACCCUUCCUUUGGCCCUCUGGAAGCAAUACGACUCUCCAUCCAGACUGACUCCCCCGUGUGGAUAAUCUUGAGUGAGAUAUUCCUGAAAAAAGCGGACUGAUCUUGGAAAUACAGGGUGUAAUAUAUCCAAUGGCAUUCUAGCUCUUCCAUUCUUCUAAGACAGUGAAGAUGCAUCAGAAUGAGUGGGCUACUAAGGAAGCAAAGCUAGAUGAGUAAAGAGCACCUCCUGCCCCAAGAACAGGAAGAAAAAUCUUGUGGUGAAAUUUGGGAGAACCUUGGAGUUUUCUUACCAUUUUCAAAUGAGGAAGAGAAGAUUUUUUUCACACAUAGGUGCUGGGACUCAAUUACAAGAAGCACCAUUGCUGGCUUACCUUACAGUCAGUUGCCUUUGCAGCUAGAACACAAAAUUAGAAACAAAUGAGGACUCUAGGGAUGACCUUUCUGUGUAGAAGGUUGGUUUGUUUUUUUCUCUUGAGUAAGAACCAUGCUGUUCCUAUAUUUCUUUCUUCCUCCCUGAACAUUAAUCAGAAGAAUGUAUCAUUAAAAGAUACAUUUAGAAGGGCAGGCUUAUGGAAUGCGAAGCUAAUGAAAGGAAAACGUGACAGUUGAGCACUUAUGGAAAAGAAUCAAGAUGUAACCUCCAAACUUUCAAGUAACCUUUGCUAUGUCCACACCUGAAAACAAAAUGCAAAGGAGGACCAUUCUUAAAAAUUGCAGAGAUGGCAGAUGGCAGGGAUUAAAAAGAAAGAAAUAAUGUGCAAGAACCACCCAUGGUUGAAUAUGCCUCUUUCAUAAAUACAGAUCACGUUAAACUCUCCGGUCUCGUCAUGCCUUGGGAAUCAGUGCAAAGUUUACCCUUUUAAAUCCAUCUCUCUGUAAUGUACUGGUUGAUGUGAAUUUUAAAAAAAGAAGAAAACUUUAGGUCAAUUCUCAAAGGGUAGGGGUUAGAGUUUAAAUCAAAAACCCAAUGUCUCUAACUAUACACUGGAAUGCAUUAUACUACUUUCAUGUGCUGUAUUUUUUUAUUAUUGGAUACAUUUGGUUUUUUCCAAGAGUGUGUGUGUGCGUGUGAAUACACAUACACUCACAGACAUAUAUAUAUAUAUAUAAAGGUACACUGUAAAAAGUGUUUUACUGCAUUUUCCUUAAGCAGAGAAAUCUGACAAACUGAAAAUAUUUUGCAGGUAUAUUAUAAGUAUGUGAAUGAUUUGUCUUUUUUGCAUGAAGGUAUAGCUAUAGCCAAGAGAUAUUUUUGCAAGGGGAAAAACUUCUAUUAAAAGUAAAACUUAGCCAUU